AUGACUCCUGGAGUGACCGUCUUGAGUCCUUUUUCCUUUGUCAAGAAUGGCAUCCCGCCGCCUCAACAGUCUCACCAUUCGCAGAUUACAACCUUCAGUAAUCUCUUCUAUAAGGAUUGUUUCUCUUUACAUGACUGCGGUAGGAAAAAGCCUCUUCAGAAAGCUAUUGUUUUCAUGGAUCAGCCUGGUUUUAACGAUUACAAGCCCGCUUUUUUACAUGGAAAAUCUAUUUCGGAAGUGUCCAAGCUUGUGCCUGAUGUUGUAGAGACAAUAAAGAAUUCAGUUGAAAGACUUAUAAAAGAAGCAGGGGCCAAGAAAUUUCUGAUUUCGGGAAUUCUUCCCAUGGGCUGCCUUCCUAGUUUUCAGACAAUGUUUCCCAAGAGCAGCUAUACAUGUGACAAAGGACUCAACUUGUUCACUAGAUUUCACAAUGAUCAUCUAUGGCAAGCGCUUGAGAAGCUGCAUUUGAAAUUCCCUGAAGUCGAGAUCAUAUAUGCAGAUUACUACAAGGCGUUCAUGGCUAUUCUUCGCAACCAUAAAUUCCUUGGAUUCAAGACUAAGACAUUGAUGAAGGCGUGCCGUGCACUGGCGGCGAUCCAGUUAACUUUGAUCCACUGA